AUGAGCCAACCACAAGCCUCAACAACUCUUGCAUCGUCUUCAACAAACAGCAUUCAAUACAUUCCGAGACAUUUAUUGUCUGCCCAUCUUCAUGAGAUGGUGAACCCAGAUUUUAUAAAUCGGUUUUUAUCUUUGGAAAGUUCGAGAUCGGUGAUUGCAGCCACAAUGAAGGAUGUGUUUGGUGAAGAAUUUUCCAAGCUGGUGUUUGAAUGUGUUUAUUAUUAUGAAGAGGCAUUGGUGGAAGAACAGAAUGCUUUAUAUUCCAAGGUAAAGGCAAAGAUCCAGCAAUAUAUGGACAAUCAAGAGGAAAAUGAAUGGGCCAAAGAACAUCAUGUAUUCAUUGGAGAUUCUGAUGAGGCGCCCAAUACCGGUUCUUCUGAACCCAAACAGUAUGCUCAAUUACUGACCAAGUUGGAUGAAUUGAAAGAGCAAUAUGAAACGAAAUUGCCAUCCAUUGGAGAUCGGACACGUUUGGUAGAUGUUUUGGAUGAUUUACAUGUGGUAUUACUCUCUGCUGAGGACUACAAAAUGCAACUAUUAAGCUUGCUGGAUCAAGUCAGUGGAAAGCCAAGGACGAGGCCAUUGGAAAAGCUCUCCAUUGAAUCACAUCAUCAUCCUCAUGCACAUCUCAAAUACAAUGACUUUAAUACCAUGAUUGGAGGUUUGGAGCCAUCCGAAGAAUUAUUUUCGAGAGCCAAAGAAUAUGUAGAGACUACUUUUGAGAUUUUUGAAAAGUGGCAACGAGAUGGAAUGACAUCUGUGGAGGGAUGUAUUCAAAAUGCUGGAAAUGAAUCACCGAAUCACAGUCUCUCUGUGGAUACUACUCCUUACGACUUGGUUCUCAAGCAAUAUUCAGUACUCUUUUAUGAUCUCUAUCGACGAGUGUUGGAUUCGUUUAGAUGCGUCUCAUUAUAUGCUGUGACAAUUUCCAAUUCAGAAAGUAGCAAGAUUGUUUUCAUUGGGAGUACCACUGAUAUCAAAAAGAACUUUACUCAAUUCAAACAGAUGCCCGUACAAGAACAAACGUUGGUGACACCCAUGUUAGAACUUUGUGCCAAAUUGUUGCAUCCCAAAUAUGAAGGCUUUGUUAAGAAAAUUCAUUUAUUUACACUCGAUGAAAAUCAUCACAGACCAGUCGAAAUGAACCCAGAUGCACCAUUCAUUAUUGCCAAAGUUGCUAGAGAACUUCAUCGUCGUUAUGCUCCAGAGUUGAACAUCAUGUCACCGAGCGGAUCUGCAGAAUAUUUAGUAGAUUCCAGUUCCCUUGACAAAAUUCAUCAUUCACAUAGUUUUUAUUGA